UUCUCGUCUGGAAAAACGGGUGGAAUGGAAAUGCGGGUUUAGCGAAUGGGCUUGAUUGAUGACGGGUUUGAAUGCCUCACUCUCGAAGUUUGACGACGUUUAUGCGCGGUUUUUGGGAGAUGACUUAUUUGUUUUCGAAUUGGGGGAUGCUCAUGACGACCCGCUUCCAACGGGAUGAAAAAAAAAAAUAGGAGAAGAGGAUGUGCUCUCCUCUUUUUAUGGAUACCCCUUCCCCCACCCCUUUGUUUUAAGGCUGGUUUGUAUGUCAUUUUUGAUGUUUUUACGCGUGCUGUAAUGUGGAAUUUUAUACUUUUUUUUCCGGGUUUAACAAACUUGGACUUCGAAUCUCGAUCGUCCCUUUUUUUUGUUGCGGAGGCUCGUGCGUCUUUGGGGGCGUCCCCUCGGGUUGAAAAGUAUCAUGAGGCGUGGAUGACUUCUGAUGAUCAUACCAUUCAAUAUAAGGAGGCUACCUCGUGUCGUCCAGACGACUUUGCAUUGCUACCUCUGCUAUUUUGCAUUCAUGUCCUGAUUUUCCGGAGUAGUUGGUGUUGAGAGUGCCUGCCGAGCGAGCUGGACCCGUACAUAUAUACGUAUCUGUGUUGCGGACGGAAGGUUAUCGAGUGUUCCACCAGGUUAGCCAGCGAUAGCUUGGACUAUG